CUCCGAACGCCUGUUUGGUUUGUCUCUCUGUUGUUCCUCACCCCACCAAUUGCCCUUUUGCCUUUUAUCAACCAAUUUGGCCGCACAUAAGGUCAAGUUUUGGCCCAAACAAACGCACAGAUUCAAAUAUAAACGGAGAGAGGAAGAGAGAGGCAAUUCAAGGGAGAGAAGAGAAGAAUGCCUGCCAGGUUAGACCCGUUGGAUGUGGCGGGGAUUCAGAUCCCUUCCUAUUUCCGGUGCCCGAUCUCGCUGGAGCUUAUGCAAGAUCCGGUGACCGUUUGUACCGGCCAGACGUAUGACCGGGAAAGCAUAGAGUCUUGGGUGGCCACCGGAAAUACGACGUGUCCGGUUACCAGAGCGCCGUUGAAGGACUUCAAUCUUAUUCCCAACCACACCCUCCGGCGGCUCAUUCAGGAGUGGUGCGUGGCGAACCGGGCUUACGGCGUGGAGCGGAUUCCUACUCCAAAGCAACCUGCCGAACCGGGUUUGGUCCAGUCCUUGUUGGGCCAGGCUUUGUCGGGGUCCAGUAACUUGAAAUCCAGACUUUCCGCAAUGAGUCGACUCAAGGGACUCGCUCGUGACUCGGAUUUCAACCGCUCCGUGAUUUCCGCGAAUAAUGCGCGAGAGGUUAUGCUUUCGAUCGUCUUCUCCGAUAUGGAUUCCAACUCGUCGGAGUUAGCUCUGGAAGCGCUUUCCAUCCUCUCGAUGUUCCAGCUCUCGGAGGAUGACAGCCUCUUUGUCGCUUCGGAUGUGGACCGAUUCCAGUACCUUGUGUCUCUGCUUUCUCAUCCUUCGAUGGAUGUCCGAGUUAACUCAGCUGCGGUGAUCGAAUCCGUCGUCUCCGGGAUAAAAUCGCCGGAGCUGCGAUCUCGUGUCAGCAACGCCGACGAGAUCUUCACCGGAAUAGUCGGGAUUAUGAAAUCUCACCUGACACAUUCGGGAGCAAUGAGAGUCGGAAUCAAGGCGCUAUUCGCGAUGUGCUUGGUGAAACAAAACCGGCAAAAGGCGGUUUCAGCCGGAGCUGUGGAGGCGUUAAUCGACAUGUUUCAGUAUCUCGAUAAGUGCGACGUGGAACGAGCUCUGGCGACGGUAGAGCUCCUCUGCCGGAUCCCGUCAGGAUGCGCGGCGUUCGCGGCCAACAAGUUGACCGUCCCGGUCCUCGUUAAGAUCAUCCUGAAGAUAUCUGAGCGCGCAACAGAGUACGCGGCCGGAGCAUUGCUCUCGCUCUGCUCCUCCUCCGAGCAAGUGCAGCGCGACGCUGUUGCCGCCGGCGUGUUGACACAAUUGCUGCUUCUGGUUCAGAGCGGGUGUACGGAGAGGGCGAAACGGAAAGCCCAAAUGCUGUUGAAACUUCUUCGCGAUUGUUGGCCACGCGAUUACUCGCUUGUAAACUCCGAUGAUUUUGCUCGCUGCGACGUCGUUCGGCUUUGACGAUAGAAAACUUAAUUGAACUCCUCCUUUUUUAUAAAUUUCAGGUAAGAAUUCGAAAAGCUAAACUAAAACAACAAACUCAAAUACCGAAUUUUGGACAAUUUGUCCUCUGCGCAAUUCUUUAGCAAUUUUAUUUUUGUUACUGAAAACGAGGGUAAUUUGCCUUCGCACUUCUGUAUUAUUAUUAUUAUUAUUAUUAUUAUUAUUAUUAUUAUUAUUAUUAUUAUUAUUACAUCGCGUAACAUUUAUACAUUUUGUAUGAAAUAUUGGAAAACAUUUACUGUCCACUGACUAUUAUUAAUAUUUUGUGUAUACACAUUCAUCGAAGCGGUUUUGUUUGGAUCCGUG